AUGGCUUACAGGUGCGCCGCGCACAAGAAGGCUUCUCUGUCCGGCGGAUCCGUCGGCGCCGGCGCCGGCGGUGGCCGUGGCUACUACGGUGGUCCGGACCGUAUCAGCAGCCUCCCCGACGAGCUGCUCCACCAUGUCCUGAGCUUCGUGACCACGCCGGAGGCCGUCCGCACCAGCGCGCUGUCCCGCCGGUGGGUCGGCGUCUGGAAGCGCGUCCCGCGGCUGCACCUCCUGGAGGAGGAGGCGACGAGCGCCGGGCACAUCCCGGACCACUUCGACGGCAUCCUCCGCCGCUACGCCGCCGACGUGGACAUCGCCGACCUCGCCAUCUCGUACCACUGGGACUGGCCCGAGGUCGACGGCGACCGGGCCUCCGCGUGGGCGGCCUUCGCCGCCCGCAGCGUCACCGGCCGCUUCUACCUCGCCGUGACCACCCAGGUAGGCCACGACGACGACGCCGUCCUCGAUCUCCCGUGCUUCGAGCGGGCGACGGAGAUCUCCCUCUACUCCUCCGGGAUGGCCGUCCGCCUCCCGGCGCUCGACGACGCCGCCGCCGCCGGAGGCUUCACCCGCCUGACGAGGCUGCGGAUGUCCGAGCUCCGCUUCAGCGACGCCGGCGAGGGCAUCAGCGGCGUCGUCUCGCGCCGGUGCCCAAGCCUGGAGUGCCUCGAGCUCGAGCACAUCGACGGCAUGGAGGCGCUCACCCUCCGCAGCGACUCGCUGCUGAGCCUGCGCCUCGCGUAUGUCCCGCUGCGGCGGCUCGACGUGGCGGCCGGCAACAUGCGCAAGAUGCGGGUCAAGUACUGCUUCGACGGGACGAGCCGCUGUCCGUGGACCGGCGGCGCGGCGAUGCGGCUCGCCGCGCCGGCGCUGGAGGAGCUCGGCUGGGAGGACGCGUACCCCGACAAGGUCGAGCUGAUUAGUUUACCUAGCUGCCUCAUGGAGCUCGCCGUCGUCGAGCUUCCUUCUCAUAUUAUUCACGAGAUUGGGCAAUCGGAUUUCACCAAGAUCUUGAAGCUUUUCUCUCGUGCUCAUGUUUUAAGGCUCACUUCUCCUAUGACUGCUACAGCUACACUGAUCAAGAAGUAG